AUGGUGGUCGAUUGGCCUCAGGAUGCACUUUCCAUCAGUGAUGUCCACGCGGACGUGCGUCGCUCUACGGCGGUGGAGCUGCGGCGCACGUCCGACGACUGGCUCAAGCUCGUGUUCUCCACGCGCAACGGGCCCGUGGAGAAGGAGGCGGCGUGCGUCAACAGCCGCGAGGGCUGUCGCUGCGACUCCGUGCGCCUGCUGAGGGCGCUGGUGGUGCUGACCGAGCGGCAAAUUGUGUCGGUGAGGGGCGUUUACGCAAUCACAACAAUUGACAAUACCCCCGUGGCGACGCUCGAGUUCAAAGUGAAAGUGUGCAAUAACGCCCGCAAUUACGUCGGUGAGUCAUUAAAAACCUUCGAGUUGGUGCUCUGCCACCUCCAAAGUGACGCGCUGGCAAUUGCAAGGAGAAGCGAAAAAUCGAGAAACGAGGCCAAGAAUUCCGAACUUUUGGACGCCACGUGCAGCUCCUGCCAUGUCGUGGGGUGCCGUCUGCACCAAUGGCAGGUACACGAAACUCUGGGCCCCAAGGCCAAACUGCACCUUCCCGACGUGUUCCAGAGCCUCAUGGCGCACAUGGAGGCGGAGCAGAGCGAGAUCCGAGACGACGUCGUUUACCGCCCGAAAUCUAACGGCUCAAACGUGAAAAUUACGGACUUGCCCAAGAACGCGCUGCAUCUUGUGGUUUAUUUCAUGGAUGCUACCGAGUUGGGGGCCGUGAGUGGCGUGUGCUCCCUGUUCCGCCAUUUGGCGUAUGCAGUUGUACCCGGACUCAAUUUGGUGCUGUACGAGCACCAACGCAAAGGGCUCAAGUGGAUGUUGUACCGCGAGACGCCGUCACUAAUUCGUAGCUCGACGUCGCACCCGUUUCUUUUCCCUCGACGCCCCGGGCGGAGUUCAAACGUUGCGAUUGAUAUGAAGGUGGUGAAGGACGUGGAUACGACGACGAGAGAUUUGUGCGGAGGCAUGUUCUGCGACGAACCGGGACUGGGGAAAACCAUCACGAUGCUGGCAUACUCGUUGCGCCCUCGGGAUCGGUCUGUAGCAGCAGAGGAUCUGGUGAGUUCGGGGGCGUCGCUUAUUGUUGUGCCGGACCCGUUGGUCGAGCACUGGAAGUAUCAGAUUGAAGCCCAUGUCGAGUCUGGAGCGCUGCGGACAUUUAUUGACGAGACUGGCGAGGAGCUCCCGAGUAAUUUAGAGUUAGCAGCCUGCGACGUGGUCGUCACCUCGUUCAGUCGAUUGGCGCGAGAGUGGAGGCGUCAUCGACCAGCGUCCGCGCUGGAAAAGCGAAUGCCCGAACGAUACGGCUUUGAAGGGAUUCAACGGUAUAGUGAUGGCACGAUCCGAGGCGAGGUGUCUUCUCUUCUGACUGUUCGCUGGGUGCGCGUUAUCGUUGACGAAGGACACGAAUUAGGUGGGCAAACGCCAACCAACUUGAUGCUGAUGGCUCGAACUGUAUCUGCUGAACGAAGGUGGGUCAUGACUGGAACACCAACGCCCAACACGCUCCAGUCAGCGGAUCUCAAUUACGUGCAUGGCCUUCUGCUUUUUCUUCGCAACAAACCGUACGGGCAGCCAGAUGCGCGUACGUGGACCAAGGCAAUCGCUAAACCGUUUGAGCACAACAAACCAAUUGGGUUCUACCGCUUACAGAGUUUGCUCAGUCGGAUCUUGAUGCGUCACACAAAAGAGUCCAUUCGUGAAAUCUUACCGGAACCAGUUUGGCACACCGUAUACAUCGACCCGACGCCGAGUGAAUACGCCCAAUACAACGUCGUUGCUGCUGCAGUUCGCGCAAAUCUGGUGAUCACGAGCGUGGACCCUGAGAAGCCGGGGAAACAGCAUCUCGAUAGCCAUUAA